GGAGGGGCCUGUUUGCGCGGAAGGGAGUUGCUGCGGGCGCCCCUUCCCGCUUGCUCUUGGGCACCAUGGUUCCUCGGACCGGGGCGCUGCUUUGGGCUCUCCCGGGGCUGUUGCUGUCACUUUGCGCCGGAGCAGCGGACGUGAAAGCUCGGAGCUGCGGCGAGGUGCGGGAGGCGUACAAAGCCAAAGGAUUCAGCCUGCUCAACAUCCCCUACCAGGAAAUCGCAGGGGAACACCUAAGAAUCUGCCCUCAGGAAUAUACAUGCUGCACAUCGGAAAUGGAGGACAAGUUAAGCCAGCAAAGCAAACUGGAAUUUGAGAACCUGGUGGAGGAGACGAGUCAUUUUGUGCGCACAACAUUUGUGUCCCGGCACAAGAAAUUUGAUGAAUUUUUCCGAGAACUCCUGGAGAAUGCAGAGAGAUCCUUAAAUGACAUGUUUGUACGGACAUAUGGCAUGCUGUACAUGCAGAAUUCGGAAGUGUUCCAGGAUCUCUUCAUAGAGCUGAAGCGAUAUUACACCGGAGGCAAUGUCAACUUGGAGGAAAUGUUGAAUGACUUCUGGGCUCGGUUAUUAGAGAGAAUGUUCCAGCUCAUAAACCCCCACUAUCAUUUCUCGGAGGACUAUCUAGAGUGUGUGAGCAAGUACACAGACCAGCUGAAACCUUUUGGGGACGUCCCCAGGAAAUUGAAGGUUCAAGUGACAAGAGCUUUCAUUGCCGCGAGGACCUUUGUUCAGGGACUAACCGUAGGCCGAGAAGUUGCUAACAGGGUAUCUAAGAUAGAUGAGUUCCUACGUUGCACUCAUACAGUCUUACAAAUGAUUUAUUGCCAACACUGUUGCAGAGGAAUUACUGUCUACCGGCCAUGUUAUCAUGUCUGCAAGAGUAGCUUACGAGGUUCUUUAAAUAGGCAGGGCGACAUGUUUGCUGAAUGGAAUCAGUUUGUGGAUGCUAUGCUUUUGGUAGCAGACCGAUUAGAGGGGCCAUUCAACAUCGAAUCAGUGAUGGAUCCUAUUGAUGUCAAGAUUUCUGAAGCCAUCAUGAACAUGCAGGAAAACAGCAUGCAUGUAACAGCCAAGGUUUUUCAAGGGUGUGGACAACCUAAACCAGCUCCAGGAUUAAGAACUUCCCGCUCUGCUCCUGAUACCUUUAACACCCGCUUUCGACCAUAUAACCCAGAAGAAAGACCAACAACAGCGGCAGGUACAAGCUUGGAUAGACUGGUAAGUGAUGUUCAUGAAAAACUGAAGCUUUCCAAAAAGUUCUGGUCGACGCUACCAUACGCCAUCUGCAAGGAAGAGAGCGUGACGGCGGGCUUGUCCAAUGAGGAGGACUGCUGGAAUGGCCACACCAAAGCCAAGUAUCUACCAGAGAUCAUGAAUGACGGCCUCACAAACCAGAUCAACAAUCCUGAGGUUGAUGUGGACAUCACCAGGCCUGACACCUACAUACGGCAACAGAUCAUGGCCCUGAGGGUCAUGACAAACAAGCUGAAGAACGCAUACAAUGGGAACGAUGUGAACUUUCAGGACACAAGUGAUGAGACCAGUGGCUCGGGAAGUGGAAGUGGCUGCACCGAUGACAUAUGUCCAACAGAGUUUGAGUUCAUCACUACGGAAGCCCCACUUGUUGAUUCGGACAGAAGAGAAGUGGACUCUUCAGCAAGCCGUCUCAGCCAAUCAGCACUCCCAUGGCUCACCAUUGGCCUGGUCCUCCUACUGCAACGGCAGUGCAGAUAA